AAGGAGCCAAGAGGCUCCGCGCAGCGGGCGCACUUCCGGCGUCGUGUGGGCCGGCGUGCGGGGCGCCGCGGGGCUCCUGAGGACCGCGCGUGGCGCCAUGUUCCUGACCGCCCUGCUCCGCCGCAAUCGCAUUCCUGGGCGGCAGUGGAUCGGGAAGCACCGGCGGCCGCGGGCCGUGUCUUUCCACGCGAAACAGAACAUGCGCCGUCGCCUGGAGACAGAGGCUGAGAACCAUUACUGGCUGAGCGCGCCCUACCUCACGGCGGAGCAGGAGUUCGGCCACGCCGCGGGCCGCAGGGCGGCGGCCUUCGAGGCCAUCAAGGCGGCCGGCGUGUCCAGGUUCCCCCCGCACAGACUUGUCGUCGACCAGCUCAGCCACCUCAACGUCACCAAGAAGUGGUCCUAAGCCCCCUCAGCCCCCUUCGGCUCUGCCCCCCGGGGCUGCCCCUCUGUCCCCGACUUGGAGCCGAGCGCGGAGCCUCCGGAAGCGCGUGCGCGUGCGCGGCGCCGCUCGGCGGGAGUUGGGCGUCCUGGCGGCGGCCGCGCGGAGCGCUGCGGGCGGGCUGCGGGCUCCGAGCCCCCGAGCCCCCGAGCCCCCGAGCCCCGAGCCUCAGAGCGGGGAGGCUGCUGGGAGCUUCGUCUUGGAACGUUAGUUUGCUUUCCAUCUGUCGACAAUGAUGGUCUCAUGUAAAUGAAAAAAUGAGCUUUUCCAGUUAAACUUACUCCUAAAAAUAGCGGGGUUUUCUGGGAUUUGCUACUUAAAGUGGACAGAAUUGCUACAUGAAGGUGUAUUCUAAGAAAUCUUUGUUCAGAUAUAAUAAACAGACCAUACAAUUCA